AUAAAGAAUUUUUAAAAUAAGAAAAUUCACUGUACUGUUUGUAAAAUGGUAUGACCAAAUAAGACAACGACGGUCUAAUGUAACAUGUAAUGUAAAACUACGUACUUUACAAAUUACGAACUUGUUUCUUAGGCGAUCAGUAGAUAUAUCUAUAGGUCAACUUUGAUCAAUUUUGAGGAACUGAAAAAUUAAAAUAUUAAAAAAAUAACAAUAUGCACAAAUAUAUAAUGCGUAUAGAUGUAAUUAUAACAUGUCAAAUUAAAGUAUAAAAUUGGAAUACAAUAAACGUGGUUAUAUGUAUGUAUUAAUUUUUUCUAAAUCUUUCCUCGUCGAAUUCAACUGAAAAGAAAUUAUAGAAAAAAAUAAUAUAAGAAAAUUGCAGAGUAUUUUGACAAAAAAAAAAAUUAUUUAUGUAUACCUGCAAGUUGGAGAGAAAAAAGAAAAAAAUAUAAAAAAUAAAGCAAGCAAUAAAACAACAACGAUGCAUUAAUCGCGUUAUUAUUAAUACUCUCUUUGAGGCUUGAGAAACAAUAAAAAAAGAAGUUAGAAAAUUUAUUAUUUAGAUUAUGCGCAUAAAAACAUCGAUAAUCAUCCUAAUGUUAAACAUUCUUAAAUCUGUAACAACAAAAUAAUAAACAAUACAUAUUUAUAAAUUUUAGUAUUAAAUUAACUAUAGAACAGGUGGUUACCUUGUGGAAACGGAAAUUGGAGAUAACGAAGAAAUAUGUAUUAGGGUGGAUAGAUUAAAAUACAUAUCGCAUGCACACAAGUAAAACAUGCUUCCAUCUUGUAUAAACGUGCGUAAUUAGUCAUAUCCACAGUGCGCACAUAUCUGUCAUUUCGUGCUAUUAACCUUUUGUCUUUUUGUUAUAUUUGAUGAUGUUUAUAUUUUGAGGUUAUCUAACUUUAGAAAAUGAGAUACGAUUUUUGUAAUCAUUACUUUGUAUUCUUGUAAGAAAAGUUUUGUUCGAAAAAGUCGUGAUCGAUUAACCUCCAAAAUCUUGCUUUUGAUAAUCACAUUAGCACAUACUGUUUUGUUUUGUGUUAUGCCUUAUGUUUUGGUUAGUUUUGCAUCUAAAAACUCAGAAAGUGGGUGUCUAUGCUAGUAAUGUUGUAGGUGUGAUAUUGUGAUUUUUUGAACCGAGUAUAAAAUGACCAAAAUAAAUUUUCUUUGACACGAUGUUUCAUUGACCUAUAAUUUUCUUGUGUUGUGGAUGUUCAUAAAUUUUCUUACCUAUUUUGUUUUUAAAUCUCUACUAGGUAAUUGUAAAUGGUAUAACUAAAGAUUUCUUCACAUUUUACUUGAAUUGUAUCAAAUGAGACUGAAUGUAUGGUAUAUAAGUUUUGCUCUUUCACAUUUGAUAGACGCAUAGUCAUUUUAGUGAUUGCACAUUCAACUAUAAAGACAGAAAUGUUAAUAUUGAACACAAUGAUGCCUUAAGCUACGAUUAAACAUAGAAAGGUUCCAAUAAAAAUAGACUUCUUUAUUUUGGAAUCAUCUAUGAAGAUGGAAGCAUGAUGUGGAACUGUGUUUUUAUGACUAUUCUGACUAAUUUAAACAUGUAGUUGGUUGAGUUUUGCAGCAUGUCAUAUAAUUGUAUUGACGUUAUGAAAUAUGUACAUUAAUCAAUGACUUUUGUGAUUACAAUUUCUAACCUAUUUUUGAUUGUUAAGAUUCUAUUGAAAAAUGUAUGUAUUCAACAUAGGGAUAUAGGGAAGAAUAUUCCUGAUAUACAGAUUGUAAAGAAGAAAAAUGUUAAUUUUUUAAUGAAAAGAAACAGCGACAUUGUUCACAAAAUGUAUGAAAAGAAGAUAAUACAACUUUGGAAAAAAAUGUAGGAUUAUGGGAUUGGUUAACCAGAAAGAAUACUCUGUAUAUCUUUCUUAUUUAUGUAUUUAUUUUUUUUCCGUUUAUUUAAUAAUAAACCAUGAAAAAAAACUACGACGGAGUUCUUUAUUAAUUAACCAACUAGUCAAGACUAUACACAUUUUAUAGGUACAUUUAGUAAUUUUACCGUUCAUAUGCUUCACAUGCCCGGUUGAUUGUGCUCGAAAGUAAUCGACUGGCCACCCCUGCUAUUCAAGUUGAACAUGCUCGAUAACAUAAAUUGUAUGUAGUUUCUUUCGCGAUGAUUAAAAUGCAUUUUUUAAAAUAAAUAUUUUAUAGGAAAUGUAUAUUAUCGUUAAUUAACGUCUAAUUGUAUCCUUAAAAGAUGGCGUUCCUGCAUUUUCGAAAAUGAUUAUAAAUAUAAGGUACUAUCUUCAGUUGUAACAUAAAUAUUUCACAUAAAAUUUGGGGUCAUGCGUUACGCAUCUUUGAUUUAAUUUAGCGCAACUAAAUUGUACGUACUCAUGUAUGUGUGAUCAUUUUUGUUGCGUUCGCCACCAACAGAAUCGAGAGGUUAAGAAAUUCAGCACGCCUUAUGAGCCAUGAAUACCGAUCCAACGACUUCUUCCACACUAGGCAGUGCUAGAUCCACCACGCGAGAUCGAAUUCACGUAGAUGGCAACGUGACUAUCGUCAGACAAUUGUAUGGAUAUCGGAGAAGAUGCCCUCUGCAUAUGUUACACGGAGACUCGUGACUCUCUGGUGGCAGGCUUGGCGGAUGGUACGAUAAAAUUGUACAAAUUAAAUUCCGAAGAAGAUGCGCAAACGUUGCGUGACACCGAGAUAAUACAAAAGCCUAGUCCAGCAACAGCAGUUAAACACAGACCUGUUCGCAAAUCUCACCCGAUCACGCGAACUUUCAUCGCGACAUAUGCCAACGGUUGCGUGAAGUGUUGGCAUUAUCCGAGCUCGCAAUGCCUUUACACGAUAAGAGAGAAGAGACAGACACUGGGUGUGGCUUACCAUUCUUCUCUGCCGAAAUUUGUGACCUUGGGCGACGAUGCAAAGAUUUUCUUGUACGACGAGGAAACUAAGAUGCAAGAAAGGGUGUUUCACGCAAGCCAGUCAUUGGAAAUCAUGGACGGUCACAGGUCGAGGAUCUUCAGUGCAUGUUUCAACCCGAAAUCGGCACACGAGCUAAUCUCUGGUGGCUGGGAUGACACGAUUCAGUUUUGGGACACCAGACAACCGUACGCGCUUCGACGCAUAUCGGGUGUACACAUGUGUGGCGAUGGACUCGACAUCAGUAGGAAUGGAAGAGAGAUCUUGUCUUGCGCCUGGCAACGACAGAAUCCUAUUCAGUUGUGGGACUAUGGUAGCGGGAAGCUUCUCGUCUCCUUAGAACCCGACAGUUAUUCUUCUCUGCUCUAUUGUGGAAAAUACGUUACAAACAUGUUUCUCGCUUGCGGCGGGGCGGAUGUGGAUCUCUUCAGAGUAGUCGAUUUGAGAUCGCACGCUACCAUAGCGAUGAUUAGAAAUCUAAACGGAGGUACGUAUAGCAUGGACGUUGGUCUUGUAAACCCGAAGCACGCGAAGAAAACGAGAACGGCCACCGUGAUACCGCAAAUCGCGUUCUGUGCUGGCAGGCGACUCUUCGAGAUAGACGCUCAACCUGGUUGACAGACAAUUAAAAUUUCAGUAGCAUGCAAAUGUUUAUUCACAUUGAGAAUUAAACGCAUCGAUAAAAGCAAAUUUUUGUGUAAAGUUAACGGUUAAUGUAAUUAGUCCUUAUCACUCCGAGAAUAUCAUGGGGGUGAUUUUCAACGAAUUCCAGACAAACUUUGUUCAUUUCAAAGUGCUAAGAAGAGACACUGUACAAAUUUUAUAAGGUAGUUUUUUAUUUGUAAGAAUACUUAUACUUUACCAUUACUUUUAGAUAUGUUUAAAAAUUACUCUCUGAAAUGUAAGUUUUAAAAGAAUAUUUUAGUGCGAAUUUUGUUGGAAAAUACAAAGCAUGAAAAC